AGGAGGAGGAGGAGGAGGAGGAGGCGGCGGGGAUAGAGGCACCGGGAGCGCGGCUGGGCGAAGCAGGCGCCGCCGUCUCCGCUCCUCCGUCCGUCCUUCCGUCCGUCCGUCCACCCUGCCCUCCAUGGCCGAGCGGGCUUGAGCCCCCGCAGCGCCCGCCUCUCCUCUCCUCUCCUCCUCUCCUCUCCUCCCGCCCUUUCGGCCCGGAAUGCUCUGAAGCCCCCGGUGGAGACGCAGCCCAGUCCAGCGCUUAUCGCCCAUCGCAGAGCUCACUGCCGGGAUGGACGUGUUCAUGAAGGGCUUGUCCAAGGCCAAGGAAGGGGUCGCCGCCGCCGCCGAGAAGACCAAAGAAGGGGUGGCUGCGGCCGCGGAGAAGACCAAGGAAGGCGUGCUCUACGUCGGAAGCAAAACUCGGGAAGGCGUUGCAGGCGUGGCCUCAGUUGCAGAGAAGACGAAGGAGCAGGCAUCUCAGCUGGGUGGAGCUGUCUUCUCAGGGGCUGGCAAUAUUGCAGCUGCCACAGGAUUGGUCAAGAAAGAUGAAUUCCCAACUGACCUGAAGCCUGAAGAAGUUGGUCAGGAAGCUGUGGAGGAACCACUGAUAGAGCCACUGUUGGAACCUGAGGGAGAAAACUAUGAAGAGCCACCUCAGGAGGAAUAUCAGGAAUAUGAGCCGGAAGCAUAAUGGCCAUCCCCAUUCCCGACACUUCCACCAGCAGCACAAUAACAAUAACGACCCUCCCUCUCCCAACCCUCCUCCACCUCUCCAAAGAAAGGCCUUGACACAGAUGGUGACGGAGAGGAGCCCCCACACCCCAUACUGUCAUGAGUUCUUCCUCCAGUUCUGCUCCAAGGGACCUCAUCGGGAUCUGUGUUUUAUGUAUCGUGGUCUUUAGCGUUAAGAGAAACCAAGAAUUUUGAAGACAAACCCUGGCCGCAGUGGUUUGUGUGUGCGCGCCUUUGUGAGCCCAGCCUUACUGCCCUGUCUCCCUCCCAGCGCAGUAAGGCCCGGCUUCCCCGUGUCUGUAAGAAGCAUGUUGUAUCUUCUCCGUUUUAAAGCAGAGCAUUCCAUCACCUCGGCUGGGACCCCACGCUGGGCCUGCUGUACAUUUGCUUGCACGUGAAUCACGCCAGCUCCGCUCCAUUACCAUUGGUGGAACUUUUUUUUAUAUUCUGAAUGGAUUGUUUACGCCUUUGUGACCUCUCCCUUUCCUGACUCCCUUGGUCUUGUAACAGAGACUCCCUGAUUUUGACAGUGCAGAAGUUGUGUCUGUGUAUCCCAAACAAAAGGAGUGCCCUCCCUCUCCUGCCCCCAGCGCUCUGUGUUGUGACUGUGGCAUGGAUAUAUACCUCCCACUGUCGCUGUGUGUGCAAUCCUGGGGCAGCUGCCAGUGACACAACUGCCCCUGUGUCCAUGAAUAAAGCCAACUCUUCUCUGUA